UCGGAGUACGCAUGCGCGAGUAGAGCGCGCAACCGCAGACAGGGGGCGUCAACAUGUCUCCUUCAUCCCCGCCGCACUGACUGCAACCUGCACUGCGACCAGAGGGGGAGACAGAUAGAGCAGAGACAGGGACGUGCUACCAUUCUGUCAAAGUCUCCAUCAUUUUCUUUUUUUUUUCCUUUCUUCCCUCCAGCUUUAUGAAUCUCUACGCAUUUUUUCGGGAUUAGAAUCAUUUCGGAGGAACUUAAAAGGCGCCGCUUCCCGCUCUUUAUUUUGUUGUUUUCCUGUCCUGCGCAGUGGAUGAUUUUUGAGCAGAGGCAGCGGCAGACGCCCGGGUUGUAGAGCAGGUGUGAGAGACAGCGGGGACCGCUCCUCUCCUCCCUGUUUCCAAGGGGAAAUGUCGAGCGAGAAGCCGGUUUCAGCACCGCCGGGCUCCGCUUCCUCGCUCGCGGACACAGACUCCCACCUUCCGCUGGGCUUCUCCUCUCAGCCGCAGCCGCCGCCGCCACCGCAGGUCGCCGCGGGCGCUGGCUCCGGCUCCACCGCGGAAAGGAUGGUGUCCGCGGCCGGUUCUAUGGUCCUCCCCGCCGGGGUGAUCAACCCCGCGGUUCCGAUCAGGAAUAUCCAAAUGAAAUUCGCGGUGGUGGUGGGCCUGAUCCAGGUCGGAGAGGUUAGCAACAGGGACAUCGUGGAGACGGUUCUCAACCUGCUGGUGGGUGGCGAAUUUGACCUGGAGACGAACUUCAUCAUCCAGGAGGCGGAGAGCAUCGGCUGCAUGGUGGAGCUGCUGUCCCACUGCGAGGUGACGUGCCAGGCCGAGAUCUGGAGCAUGUUCACAGCCAUACUGCGCAAGAGCGUGCGCAACCUGCAGACCAGCACCGAGGUGGGCCUGAUCCAGCAGGUGCUGCUCAAAAUGAGCACUGUGGACGACAUGAUUGCAGACCUCCUGGUGGACAUGCUGGGAGUCCUGGCCAGUUACAGCAUUACAGUCAAGGAGCUUAAGCUCCUCUUCAGUAUGCUGAAAGGAGACAAUGGCAUCUGGCCAAGACACGCCAUCAAACUUCUGUCAGUGUUGAACCAGAUGCCUCAGAGACACGGUCCCGAUACCUUCUUCAACUUCCCGGGACGCAGCGCAGCGGCUAUAGCAUUACCCCCAAUCGCCAAAUGGCCCUACCAGAAUGGAUUCACUAUCAACACUUGGUUUAGGCAGGAUCCACUCAACAACAUCAAUGUGGACAAAGAUAAACCAUACCUUUAUUGUUUUCGCACAAGUAAAGGAAUCGGUUACUCUGCCCACUUUGUGGGAAACUGUCUCAUCGUGACCUCGCUAAAGUCAAAAGGAAAAGGCUUCCAGCACUGUGUGAAAUACGAUUUUCAACCUCGCAAGUGGUACAUGAUCAGCAUCGUCCACAUCUACAACCGCUGGAGGAACUCAGAGAUCCGUUGCUAUGUCAACGGACAGCUGGUCUCCUACGGUGACAUGGCCUGGCAUGUCAAUACCAAUGAUAGCUAUGACAAAUGCUUCCUUGGUUCAUCGGAGACAGCGGAUGCAAACCGAGUGUUUUGUGGCCAGCUGGGAGCUAUCUAUGUUUUCAGCGAGGCUCUGAACCCAGCUCAGAUCUUUGCCAUCCACCAGCUUGGCCCAGGAUACAAGAGCACGUUCAAGUUCAAGUCAGAGAGCGACAUCCACCUGGCCGAGCACCACAAGCAGGUGCUGUACGACGGCAAGCUGGCCAGCUCCAUCUCCUUCACUUACAACGCCAAGGCCACGGACGCCCAGCUUUGCUUGGAGUCUUCGCCCAGAGAAAACCCAUCCAUCUUCGUCCACUCGCCGCACGCGCUCAUGCUGCAGGAUGUGAAGGCCAUAGUGACCCACUCCAUCCACAGCGCCAUUCACUCCAUAGGAGGCAUCCAGGUCCUGUUCCCGCUCUUUGCUCAACUGGACUUCAAGCAGCUGAACGACAGCAGUGUGGACACCACAGUCUGUGCUACUCUGUUGGGGUUCCUGGUGGAGCUCCUGAAAAGCUCUGUGGCAAUGCAGGAGCAAAUGCUGGGAGGGAAAGGCUUUCUGGUGAUCGGGUAUCUUCUUGAGAAGUCGUCACGAGUCCACAUCACCCGGGCAGUACUCGAGCAGUUCCUCUCUUUUGCCAAGUAUCUGGAUGGUUUACCUCAUGGAGCGCCGCUCCUCAAACAGCUCUGCGACCAUGUCCUCUUCAACGCUGCCAUCUGGAUACACACCCCUGCCAAGGUUCAGCUGUCCCUCUACACGUACCUGUCGUCGGAGUUCAUCGGCACGGCCACCAUCUACACCACCAUCCGGCGUGUGGGCACAGUCCUGCAGCUGAUGCACACGCUCAAGUACUACUACUGGGCUGUAAACCCUCUAGAGUGCAGCGGAAUCGGCCCUAAAGGUCUCGAUGGGCCAAGGCCGUCCCAGAAGGAGAUCAUCUCACUGCGAGCCUUUAUGCUUCUUUUUCUCAAACAGCUAAUACUAAAGGACCGAGGCGUGAAGGAGGAUGAGCUGCAGAGCAUCCUCAACUAUCUACUCACCAUGCAUGAGGAUGAGAAUAUCCACGAUGUGCUCCAGCUGUUAGUGGCUCUUAUGUCUGAACAUCCAGCGUCCAUGAUCCCUGCUUUUGACCAGAGAAAUGGCAUAAGAGUGAUCUGUAAGCUUCUGGCCUCCAAGAGUGAAAGUAUUCGGGUUCAGGCGCUCAAAGUUCUGGGUUACUUCCUGAAGCACCUGGGGCACAAGAGGAAAGUGGAGAUCAUGCACACACACAGCCUCUUCACGCUGCUGGGAGAGAGGCUGAUGAUGCACACCAACACCGUUUCUGUCACCACUUACAACACUCUGUAUGAGAUCCUGACGGAGCAGGUCUGCACCCAGGUGGUUCACAAACCUCAUCCUGAGCCCGACUCCACUGUGAAAAUCCAGAACCCCAUGAUUUUGAAGGUAGUGGCCACCCUGCUGAAGAACUCCUCUCCCAGCGCGGAGCUAAUGGAAGUCAGGAGACUCUUCCUCACCGACAUGAUAAAACUCUUCAGUAACAGCCGUGAAAACCGACGCUGUUUGCUGCAGUGCUCGGUGUGGCAGGACUGGAUGUUCUCCCUCGGUUACAUCAACCCCAAGAACCCAGAGGAGCAGAAAAUAACCGAGAUGGUGUACAACAUCUUUAGGAUCCUCCUGUAUCAUGCCAUCAAAUAUGAAUGGGGAGGAUGGAGGGUCUGGGUCGACACCUUGUCCAUCGCACAUUCAAAGGUGACUUACGAAGCGCACAAGGAGUAUUUGGCUAAGAUGUAUGAAGAGUACCAGCGCCAGGAGGAGGAAAACAUGAAGAAGGGAAAGAAAGGCUCCGUCUCCACAAUCUCCGGCCUCUCUGCGACGCCUGCCCCCGUCGUCAACGGCAACCUGGAAAUUGACGACAACUCCCAAACGCAGACACCUGAGAGCGAGGCGGAGUACAGUGAAGGAGCCGUGGGCGACUCCCGCAACCUCCUCGCUGACGGUGCUGUGAAGAGACCCAACGGAGAGGCUUUGACGCCGGGGGAUCAAGGCGCCGGUCCAGGAGUCAGAGUGGAGGUUCACGACCUCCUGGUGGACAUCAAGGCUGAGAAGGUAGAGGCUACUGAGGUGAAGUUAGACGACCUGGACCUGUCUCCAGAGGGACUCAGUGGAGGAGUUGGCAGCGGGGGAGGCGUGGGGAUGGAAAACGGACCUCUGGUGGAGGUGGACUCCCUCCUGGACAGUGCCUAUUGCUCCGUGGUUCAGAACCUCAACGGGAAUUUGGCGUCCAAAGACGACACGUCGGGUUCGGGCGUUGGAAUAGGAACAAACCUGGGUCUUUCGGGAGUGAGCCUGGAGGAUGAUGGGAACAUGGGUCCUCUCAUCACACUAGCUGAUGAGAAAGACAGUGUUCCAAGCAACAAUGGAUUUCUCUUCAGUAAGGUCGACGAGAAGUUACUUCCAGCUCUCGCAGCCACAGACCCCCUCGUACUACCAAGUCCAGACCAGCCACCCCCCUCCAGCACGGCACCCCCUCACUCCACCACCAGCGCCAGCGAUGACCUCAGCCUGCUAGCACACAUGACCAGCUGCGGCUCCGACUUAACGCAGACGCAGAGCCUCUCCUCGGGCAAACUUCCUGAAGACGGGCCCUUCAAGAUCCAGAGCCCUCUGGCCGACAUCAGUUCAAUCGCAGAAGCCGAGAGCCAAAAUCAGAUGAAGGCAGCGUCCAGAUCCGAUUUUCCAGACGGAGAAGGCACGGCUGCGAUGGAGGGGGAGUGUUCGGGGCUCAAGACCGGAGGGGACACGGUCAGCACCACCUCCGAUACGGAGAGGUCAGAUGACGGAAAAGACAAGGAUAUAAAGAAAAUCCAAACCACAGCAACUACUCAGGCCCUACAUGGUCGUACUGCCGCUCAGCUGGAGCGGGACCUGCGGGUCGAUCUGGGCUUCAGAGGCAUGCCCAUGACGGAGGAGCAGCGGCGGCAGUUCAGCCCCGGUCCACGCACCACCAUGUUCCGCAUCCCAGAAUUCAAGUGGUCUCCAAUGCACCAGAGGCUGCUGACUGACCUGCUGUUUGCUCUGGAGACCGACGUGCAUGUGUGGAGGAGUCAUUCCACCAAGUCUGUGAUGGAUUUCGUGAACAGCAACGAGAACAUCAUCUUCGUCCACAACACCAUCCACCUCAUUUCUCAGAUGGUGGACAACAUCAUCAUCGCCUGUGGAGGCAUCCUUCCUCUCCUGUCAGCUGCUACUUCCCCCUCUAGUUCUAAGACUAGUGCCAACACUAAGGCAGGAGGAGCCGGACCCCAGAGGGGUUCAAAGGGAGAGGAGGUGACCCCUGUUCCUGGGGGAGGAAGCGCAGGGGGAGAGACGGAGUUGGAGAACAUUGAAGCCACACAGGGCAUGUCCUCAGAGACGGCGGUCACCUUCCUGUCUCGCCUCAUGGCCAUGGUGGACGUCCUGGUGUUCGCCAGCUCCCUCAACUUCAGCGAGAUCGAAGCAGAGAAGAACAUGUCCUCAGGAGGGCUGAUGAGGCAGUGCCUUCGCCUCGUAUGCUGCGUGGCCGUCAGGAACUGCCUGGAGUGCAGGCAGAGACAGAGGGACCGCAGCUGCAAGUCCUCCUUAACCAGCAGCAAGUCACAGGACAGCCUCCUCCACAGUGCCUCCACAGCCAGCAAGCAGGAUCCAGACAGACUCCUGCAGGAUGUAGACAUCAAUCGUCUGCGAGCUGUGGUCUUCAGAGAUGUGGACGACAGCAAGCAGGCUCAGUUUCUGGCUCUGGCAGUGGUUUACUUUAUAUCAGUUCUCAUGGUGUCAAAGUACCGGGACAUCUUGGAACCACAGCGGGAGAUCGGCAGGUCUACCAGCCUAUCAGGGAGAAGCAUUCGCCAUGAGAUCAACUCACCCACCAGUACAGAACACCCCUCCAAUGCCUUCUCUGACCGGGAUAAACAGACCCCCACCCCCGUGGAUGACUCUCCUCGAGGCGGACUCCCCCACACCGACUCGGGCAUCGGAGAGGAGGGCCAUGUGGCCGGGUCCCUGAACGGAUCGGAGAUGGGCCUGGGCCUGGGCUUGGGCCUGGUGGGGAGGGAGACGGACAGAGACCGAGACAGAGACAUUGGAGGGGGCGGGGGAGGGAGCGGGGGAGGAGGCGCAGAUCUGCUGUGCAGUCUGUCCGACGUUCGAAGGUCACAGGAGAGCCUUCUGGAUUCUCCUCACAACCCCGGCUCCACCCCCAACUCCAGCCAGGCUCCGCCUUCGUCCAUCUCCAGCAUCAGUCAGACAAACAAAGGCAUCAAUGUUAAGGAGAUCCUGAAGAGCUUGGUGGCGGCUCCCAUCGACGGUGCAGAGUUGGGACAGGAGUCCGGACCGACCCCCUACCACCCGGACCCGGCUCUGAAGACGCACCCCAUGUUACCGAUGCAGUUUCACUCCUUUGACAGGAGUGUCGUGGUUCCGGUGAAAAAGCCUCCCCCUGGCAGUCUGUCCGUCAACACGGUGGGCACGCCCACCACCAGCGGGGCGGCCUCCGCCGGCAGCACGCCCAACAUCUUUGCUGCCGCCACAGCAACACCCAAGAGCAUGAUCAACACCACAGGUGCGACUGACUCUGCCUCCUCUUCCUCGUCCUCCUCUUCGUCGUUUGUCAACGGUGCGACAAGUAAGAAUUUACCAGCUGUGCAAACAGUGGCCCCCAUGCCAGAAGACACCAUGGAGAACAUGAGUGCCUAUUGUGAGGUGGCGCAGUGCGCGCUGCGCAGCGGUCAGACGCCCCCUGAGCUCAAGUCUUUUAGCUCUCUGGCAGGCUUCCAGGCAGCCCCCCGAGAUGCAGGACAGUGUUUUAGUAUCACCACAAAGCUGGAGCGGGCUUUGGAGAAGGUGGCCCCCCUGUUGAGGGAGAUCUUCGUGGACUUCGCUCCCUUCCUGUCGCGGACACUGCUGGGGAGUCAUGGGCAGGAGCUGCUCAUAGAAGGUACAGGUCUGGUGUGCAUGAAGUCCAGCACGUCUGUGGUGGAGCUCGUCAUGCUGCUCUGUUCUCAGGAGUGGCAGAACUCCAUUCAAAAGAAUGCUGGUCUAGCUUUCAUCGAACUCAUUAAUGAAGGAAGACUUCUUUGCCACGCCAUGAAGGAUCACAUUGUGCGUGUGGCCAACGAAGCUGAGUUCAUUCUGAACAGACAAAGAGCCGAGGACGUGCACAAACAUGCUGAAUUUGAGUCUAACUGCGCUCAGUACGCUGCAGACAGGAGGGAGGAGGAGAAAAUGUGCGAUCACCUCAUCAGCGCGGCGAAGCACCGAGAUCAUGUGACCGCCAACCAGCUGAAACAGAAGAUCCUCAACAUCUUGACCAAUAAGCACGGAGCGUGGGGGACAAUGUCACAGAGUCACAUUUUACUCCUCAGCCAAAUCCAUGACUUCUGGCGCUUAGACUACUGGGAGGACGACUUGAGGAGGAGGAGAAGAUUCGUGAGGAAUCCCUUUGGGUCCACUCAUGCUGGAGUCUCUCUCAAGUCUCUGGAUGAAUACGGUACAGAGGAAGAGGAGGAGGAGCUGAAGUCCAAGAAGAGCUUCCGCAGUCAGUCUGUGGUCACGCAGAACCCGGAGGCGGAGCUAAUGCUGGAGGGAGAUGACGAUGCCGUCAGUUUGUUGCAGGAAAAAGAGAUCGACAAUCUCGCCGGCCCGGUUGUUCUGAGCACGCCGGCUCAGCUGGUGGCUCCGGUAGUGGUGGCUCGAGGAACCCUCUCCAUCACCACCACGGAAAUCUACUUCGAGGUGGACGAAGAGGAUCCUGCUUUCAAGAAAACGGACGCCAAAGUUCUGGCUUACACGGAGGGUUUGCACGGUAAAUGGAUGUUCAGCGAGAUCCGAGCGGUGUUCUCCAGGCGUUACCUGCUGCAGAACACGGGGCUGGAAGUCUUCAUGGCUAACAGAACAUCCGUGAUGUUUAACUUCCCUGACCAGGCCACGGUCAAACGGGUGGUGUACAGCCUUCCACGGGUGGGGGUGGGAACCAGCUACGGGUUACCACAAGCCAGACGCAUCUCCUUGGCGACGCCUCGUCAGCUCUUCAAGUCGUCCAACAUGACGCAGCGAUGGCAGAGGAGAGAAAUCUCCAACUUUGAGUACCUCAUGUUCCUUAACACCAUCGCAGGGAGGACCUACAAUGACCUGAACCAGUACCCGGUCUUUCCCUGGGUCCUGACCAACUACGAUUCAGAGGAACUGGAUCUCACUCUGCCCGGUAACUUCAGAGACCUUUCCAAGCCAAUCGGCGCCCUGAAUCCCAAGAGAGCGGCGUUCUACGCCGAGCACUAUGAGUCUUGGGACGACGACAGCACGCCCCCUCAUCACUACACAACGCUGUACUCCACUGCUCAUUCCACGCUGAUGUGGAUGCUCAGAAUAGAGCCCUUCACCACGUUUUUCCUUAAUGCCAACGACGCCAAGUUUGACCACCCGGAGAGAUCCUUUUCCGGGAUCGGCCGCGCUUGGAGGAACUGCCAGAGGGACACUGCUGAUGUGAAGGAGCUGAUCCCAGAGUUCUACUACCUCCCAGAAAUGUUUGUCAACAGUAACGAGUUUGAACUGGGCCUGCGAGACGAUGGAAUCCCUGUGUGCGACGUGGAGCUUCCUGUUUGGGCCAAGAAACCCGAAGACUUUGUUCGCAUUAAUCGCAUGGCGCUUGAGAGUGAGUUUGUGUCCUGCCAGCUUCACCAGUGGAUCGACCUGAUAUUUGGUUACAAGCAGCGAGGUCCAGAGGCAGUGCGGGCUCUGAACGUCUUCAAUUUCAUGUGCUACGAGGGGGCUGUCAACUUAGACAACCUGGAGGCGGUGCCGCGGGAGACAAUUGAAAACCAGAUUCAGGUGUGCGGCCAGGUGCCCUCACAGCUGCUGAUUGAGCCACACCCACCUCGCUCUUCAGCCAUGCACCUGUGUUUCCUUCCCCAGAGCCCUCUGAUGUUUAAGGAUCAGAUGCAGCAGGACGUCAUCAUGGUGCUCAAGUUCCCCUCCAACUCCCCCGUGACUCACGUCGCCGCCAACACGCUGCCGCACCUCAGCAUACCAGCGGCUGUCACCGUCACGUGCAGCCGGCUGUUUGCUGUAAACCGCUGGCACAACACAGUCGGUCUCCGUGGAGCUCCGGGAUACUCCCUGGAGCAGGCUCAUCAUCUACCCAUCGAGAUGGACCCGCUCAUAGCAAACAACUCAGGCGUAAACAAGCGUCAGAUCACUGACCUGGUGGACCAGAGCAUCCAAAUAAACACUCACUGCUUCGUGGUUACCGCUGACAACCGCUACAUCCUGGUCUGCGGCUUCUGGGACAAAAGCUUCAGAGUUUACUCGACUGAAACCGGAAAGCUGACCCAGAUCGUGUUCGGCCACUGGGACGUGGUGACCUGUCUGGCUCGGUCGGAGUCCUACAUCGGAGGAGACUGUUACAUAGUGUCGGGCUCCAGAGACGCCACGCUCCUCCUGUGGUACUGGAGCGGACGGCACCACAUUAUAGGGGACAAUCCCAACAACAGUGACUAUCCCGCUCCCAGAGCAGUGCUGACAGGACACGACCACGAGGUGGUGUGUGUGUCUGUGUGUGCAGAGCUGGGGUUGGUUAUCAGUGGAGCCAAAGAGGGCCCGUGCCUCGUCCACACCAUCACCGGCGACCUGCUUCGGGCUCUGGAGGGCCCGGAGCUGUGCCAGCGGCCGCGCCUCAUCUCAGUGUCCAGCGAGGGCCACUGCAUCAUCUACUACGAGAGGGGUCGCUUCUGCAACUUCAGCAUAAACGGCAAACUGCUGGCCCAGAUGGAAGUCAAUGAUUCCACGCGGGCCAUCUUGCUGAGCAGCGAUGGGCAGAACUUAGUGACCGGAGGGGAUAAUGGAGUCGUGGAGGUGUGGCAGGCGUGCGACUUUAAACAGCUUUAUAUUUAUCCAGGCUGUGACGCCGGCAUCCGCGCCAUGGACCUUUCACACGACCAGAGGACUUUGAUCACCGGCAUGGCCUCUGGCAGCAUCGUGGCGUUCAACAUAGACUUCAACCGCUGGCACUACGAACACCAGAACAGGUACUGAGGUGGACCGCCAGAGGAAGAGGAGGACCGCGGAAAGAAAACAAGAAGCGAUACAUUUGGGUGUGUAUCUGCGACGUGGAGAAGCCACCGGUGCUGAGACGGAGAAUUUAAAAAAAAAAAAUACAUUAAAAAAAAACAAGAACUCCAGCUGAGGCCUCCUGCUUUGAGGCAGAGAGAGCGCGCUGGUGGAAACGGCUUCCUCUGUGCAUACAUGUACGUAUGAAAACCCACAGACAUCAUACCCAGAAGAGACACACCCAACCCAGCUAAUACAGAUUGCAGUGUGGGGGAUGGGGGGCGAGGAGCACCCCACUGGUACCACACGGGGCAGGCGGAGGGAAAUUUUGUCUUUAUUUUGCAAACAUUUUCACUUAGGUGGUAAUUCUUCAAAAUUUUCAUUCAUAAUAGAGAAGAUGUAAGUGAGCACCCCCGCUAUAAUCGGUGCUAUUGGCUCGAUUUUUAAAUUCAGUGGCGUUGAUUUAGCCGUUUUAUCCGCCUGAGUUCAUGUUCGGUUUACCCACAGCAAGGGUUCCAUCCAUGUAAAUACGGCUCUGCUUCCUUUAGAGUCACAUUUUCACGACACCAACUGUGCUUCUCACCUUUAAUUUAUUAAUGACUUCUUGCUGUAUGUACAAUACUGUGUAAUAAUUGAGAAAAGAUGGACCGGCUUGGAGGACGACGGCGAUUGCGAGAUGAGGAGGCGGUCUUGCCGGCGCCACCAAGGAUGACAAACACAACUCUGACAUGAUUUCCUUUGUAUAUUCGGUGAUUGUUUUGUCAAAUAUGUACAUAUAGUUUUGGUUCAGGCUUGGCAGGAGAUUCAGCUGAAUAAGACCGAAAGAAACUUUCACACUUAACCCACAUUUGUUAAUGAUUUAAAGAAAAAAAAGGAUCAAAUCAAUGUAAAAGUUUGUUUUGUAUUUGCACUUUGCACCAAUCACAUAUCAUUAUUUAUUAGCUUCUUUCUGGUCGGCUGCCCGUUUUGUUUUGGUCCAUCUUAUUUUUAUUUUUUAUUUUUUUGUUUUUCUUGGGGAUUAUUUGUGCAUUGAUGUUUGUAUUUAAGACGUGUGAUUCUCAGUUUUACAACAUCACAGCUGUAAGCAAUAUCAUGAUUUUUUGUAGCUGAUAGAGGCUGGAGGGAGCAGACAAAAGGCAGGCUGACAUCUAGGGGGUUCCGUAUGUGUGAAGCCAUCUCGAUCAAACGCGCACAUGCACAUACUCUAUCCACAGGUUCAACUUACUUAUCCAAAAAAAAAGGUUAAAUAUUUUUGGAUCUAUGAAACCCUAAAAAAAACUAUUGUAUUCAUGUUUUAUUGCAAAGAUGUAAAUUAUGACAUGCGUGAGUUGGAAAAAAAAAUCAUAAGAAAAAUAAAAUAUGCAAAGAAUUUGA